UCUAGGGCCUCAGUGCUGCCGAUCAUGUUUGAAAGAGUGGAAUCCCACCUUCAAAUCGAAGAUGAUCUCAAAAAGCUUGGUGAAUGUUUUCACAAGCAUUUCAACUUUCAAGUCUACGACAUCUUCAAGAUUCCACCAAACGACUCUCACAUCAAAAGGAGACUUACGAACUCAUCGAUAAUCAUGGGAAAAAGGACGAGCUGGCCACCGUCGUCUACGCUGGACACGGCCUCGAUCCGUUGAGAUUUAAAAAGGAAGCCGCUGUUGGCCCAUCAGUUUGGAUAGCCCGUGAGGACUCGGCCUCCAAGAAAGUGGUUGGCUGGUCUACAAUACAACCGUCACCUUAUCGUGCGCCGUGAGAUACUCACCAUCUCGAACUGCCGCUCUGCAGGAAAUGCUGUAUUUGGUGGCAUGAAGGGUACCAAAGAGAUCCUUGCAGCUUCCGACCGCGAGAGUGUUGUAUACGCGCGAGGUCGUGCGUUCCUAAAGGCCAUGGUAGAAGUGCUAACUGGUUUGGGGGAUUCCAAGUCCAAGGUCUUGAUCGACAGUCUGAAAGAACGGCUCGAUGACUACAAUCCGUGUUGUAGUCCACAUAUACCGAGAACUCCC